ACGUAACCAGAAUAGUGUUCACAAUGAUGCUUAUAUGAAAAGCCGCGAGUUACUACAGGAGUCACAUCAUCUUCGGAAUAUCGUUAGACGUCAAAAAACAGAAGAGGGUUUGGGGUACAUGAUUCGUGUGAAUGCAUCAAUUGAUUGUAUGAGGUUUCUCUUAUGUCAAGGAUUAGCUUCCUGUGGCCAUGAUGAAUCUGAUACUUCACAUAAUCAAGGUAACUUUCUUGAACUCCUUAAAUACACAGCUGAACAUAAUGAUAGUAUCAAGAGUGAAGUUCUGAAAAAAGCUCCUGGUAACAACAAGUUAACAUCACCAGACAUCCAAAAAGAAAUAGUGAGUGCAGCUGCAAUGGAAACUAUGGAUGUAAUUCGCCACGAUAUUGGUGAUUCCCUUUUUGUUGUUAUGGUUGAUGAGUCUCGCGAUGUAUCUGUUAGAGAGAAAAUGGCAGUUUGUAUACGUUAUGUCAACAAGGAAGGAUGUAUUAUUGAAAGGUUCAUUGGAAUCAUUCAUGCCCUUGAAACGACGGCAAUUUCAUUGAAGAAUUCAGUUGAUGCAUUACUUUCUAAAUAUGGUUUAAACAUAAUGAGAUUGAUAGGGCAGUGUUACGAUGGUGCUUCUAAUAUGCAAGAGAUGUUCUUCGACAAAAAGAACUUGCUAGAGUGGUUGAACUUGUUGAAAAAGGUGAACGUUUAACUGGCUCGGGAUUGAAUCAAGAAACUUGUCUCAAACGACCUUCCGACACACUUUGAGGUACACAUUACAACGUGCUGCCGAGUUUGAUUUUGAUGUUUCCAUCAAUUCUAGAAACGUUGGAGAUUGUAAGUCGAGAAGGUACUAGUGAAGCGAGGGGAAAAGCAUAUGCUUUUCUGAUUUUGAUGCCAACAUUUGAUUUUGUAUUUACUUUGUUUCUGCUAAGCACUUUGUUAGGAAUCACUAACGAAUUUUUCGCAAGCAUUGCAACGAAAAGAUCAAGACAUUAUGAAUGCUAUGAACUUGGUGAAGAUAUCUAAAGAACAACUACAUGCCAUGCGGGAUGGUGGGUGGAAUAGUCUUAUGAAUGAUAUUUCUGCUUUUUGUGCUAAAACUAAUAUUGCAGUUCCUGAAAUGAUGUCUCCAUAUGUACCACUUGGACGAGGAAGACGUAAUCUACAAGAAGAGACAAAUCUACAUCAUUUUCAAGUUGGUUUGUUCAACAAUGUCAUUGAUAUGAAAAUUGCAGCCCUUAAUGACCGGUAUGAUGAAGUGAACACCGAGUUGCUUCUUUGCAUGUCGCAUUUGAAUCCAAGAGAGAAUUUUUCAGCUUUUGAAAAAGGUGCGUUAAUUCGUCUUGCUAAACUAUAUCCAUCUGAUUUUUCUGAAAUGGAUCUCAUGAUUCUUGAACGGAAACUAGACACCUUUCUUCGUGAUGUGCUUUCUAGUAACAAAUUUUUUGAGUUGGUUGGAAUCAGUGGGCUUGCCAAGAAAAUGGUUGAGACCAAAAAAGAUAUAACAUAUCCUCUUGUUUACUUGUUGAUUAAAUUGUCUUUGAUAUUUCCGGUUGCUACCGCUACCGUUGAGAGAGUGUUUUCCGCUAUGAAGAUAGUGAAUAAUCGUUUGCAAAGUCGUAUCGGUGAUGAGUAUAUGAAUAACUGUUUACUCACAUAUAUUGAAUGAGAAAUUUUUCGCAGUAUCAGCACCGAUAAGAUUAGAAAAUGAUUUAAACUUAUGGCACUACGUCGUGGGUAUUGUUGAAUAUAAUAAGAGUUGGGUUUUUUGGUAAAGCAUAUAAGGUGUUCUUUUGGGGUAACAAUGCUGUAUAGAAGGUAGUUUUUUGGGACUUUUGUGGAUAUUUGAAGCACU